AUGUCAGGACGUGGAAAAACUGCAGGAAGUGGUAAAGCUCGCGCCAAGGCGAAAACCCGUUCAUCAAGAGCUGGUCUUCAAUUUCCAGUUGGUCGUAUUCAUCGUCUUCUCCGACGAGGUAACUACGCUGAACGUGUUGGUGCUGGUGCUCCAGUUUACUUAGGUGCUGUUCUUGAAUAUUUAUCGGCUGAAAUUCUUGAAUUAGCUGGUAAUGCUGCUCGUGAUAAUAAGAAGACACGUAUCAUUCCCCGUCAUCUUCAAUUAGCCAUCCGUAACGAUGAAGAAUUGAACAAAUUAUUAUCAGGUGUCACAAUUGCUCAAGGUGGUGUUUUACCAAACAUCCAAGCUAUUCUUUUACCAAAAAAGACAGCCGAAGGAACCGUCUCAACACCACGUGAAACAACAACUGGUGCUGGUCCAAGCAAAAAGAAAGCCGACAAAACCGAAAAGUCAUCAGGUGCCAAAGCAGCUGACAAAUCUUAA